UCAAGGUCACAGCCGCCGUGCUGCCCUCCUCACGCGUGCCUGCGUCUCGCCCGGAGCCCCGCACGAAAAAGCCCUUUGCAUCCCGUAUGGCUUUCCGUAGGGCUGCCGUUUGACAGCCCGAUGGCAGGACCCCUCCGUGGGGACGAAUCCGCGCGGGCCGGCGCUGGCCGUGAACUUGCGGUUAUUUGGGGAUAGGGCUUAGGAACAGCGCGGCGGAGCCCUGCGCUGAGCGGAUCACGGGAUUUGUAGACCUUGGUCCCGGUGGCACGGAUUCCUGCGCACACGUGGAGCUUGGCCAGCACUGCCGGGUAGGGAGGAGUGCUGGGAGGACAGCGGGGCAUGGGGCGUUCGCUGCGAGAGUGAGGAAGGGAGGGAGCUUCAUUCCUCCGCGGAGCUGCAGACCCCUUUUCUUUCUCUGUUUUGCACGUGGCCUCCCUCGUAUGGCUUUGAAAUGCCAACUGGAAGGGGAACGGCAUCCAAGAGCCUGAUGUCUGGGAAGACAGAUGCAGGCAGGGAUAGGGAACUUUGUGAACGUGGACAUUGGCAGCUGUGGGGUUGCGUGAAAUGGAGCAGAGGGAUUUCUGCAUGGGGUUUGCAGUCGUAGAAUCAUUAAAAUAGGAGAAGACCACUAAGAUCAUCUAGUCCAACCACCAACCCCAUUCCACCAUGUUCCUCGGUGCCACAUCUCUGUGUUUCUUGAACGCAUGCAGGGAUGGUGACCCCCUGGGCAGCCUGUUCCCAUGCCUCACAACACCUUCUAAAGAAAGAUUUCCUACUGUCCUGGCCCAGCUUAAGGCCAUUCCCUCUUGCUCUAUCGCUGUUACCUGUGAGAAGAGGCCAGCCCCCACCUCACCACAACCUCCUUUCAGGCAGCUGUAGAGAGUGAUGAGUUCUGCCCUAACUGAACAAUCCCAGUUCCCUCAGCUGCUCCCCAUAGGACUUGUGCUCCAGACCCUGCUCCUGUAGCGAUGCAUGGGAUUGCUGUGACUGCAGUGCAGGACCUGACACUCGGUCUUGUUGAAGCUCAUUCCAUUGGCCCAGUGGUCCAGCCUGUCCAGAUCCCUCUGUAGGGCCUUCCUACCCAAACGUAGAUUGACUCUUCCCAACAACUUGAUGUCAUCUACAAACUUACCAACAAUGUGCUCAAUCUCCUUGUCCAGACCGUGAAUAAAGAUAGUAAACAGGGCGAGCCCUAAUACAUAACAGCAUAGGCAGAAAAGCAGCUCCUGGAAGUGUUUUCUGAAAGCCUGUGUAGUCAUCGGGGGUCUGUGCCUUCCCCAUCCCAUCCCGUGACUGCUAAUCAGUCAUGGUGCCAAGUUCAGGGAUUUGGACAUUAAUCCUCUAGCAGACCGUGAAUCUCAUGGCAGUUCAGUGCACUUCUCUCCUCUCCCUGACUGUUGCUGCUUGAGCGUAACACUCUGGCACAGCUUUAGGUGAUGCCAUUAUCUUUGGGUCCUCUGAAAUCCCAUGGCCUAGCCCCUGUGAAAAUGCACCCAAAGGGCAGCAUUGCUUUGGGCAGGGGGCAAAACUCCCCUGCCUUUAAAGCAGGCAGCAGUGCGGUGGGUGGGGGGAUGGACAGCCCCACCACAGUGCAUCCGUAGGAUCUUGAGGCAUGCUUUGAAAACACCGCCUGAAACGGAGGGCCCCCUUUGGCAAAGUAAAGCUCUUUUUGAUCUCCGUGGGUUCACAUUGUUGCAAGAACAUCUCCUGGGGAGAAAUGUUAGUGGUUUAUUUGUGUUGCUGUUCUGGAGGAGUUUGAUGCCGUGCCAAACUCUGCUCUCUCCCCCAGAAGCUGCAGCAGCGAUGCGCUGGGGAGCGCCGGCAGCCAAAGCACAGCAGCCCGGCACAGCGGCACCCGCGUAGAUGACGGUGCCCAGGCGUGAGCCCCUGUCCCAGCGCAGCACUGCCGCCAUGCCCCAACGGGAUGAGGGCAAGAAGCCGCCCGUGGAGACGGCGCCGGAGCAGCGCUGGAAGCUGCAGGUCUUCUACCUGUGCUUCUAUGGCUUCAUGACGCAGAUCCGGCCUGGGGAGAGCUUCAUCACGCCCUACUUGCUGGGACCCGAGAAGAACUUCACGAGGGUGGAGGUGACUAACGAGAUCAUGCCGGUGCUGACGUACUCCUACAUGGCGGUGCUGGUGCCCAUCUUCCUGCUGACCGACUACCUGCGCUACAAGCCGGUGCUGGUGCUGCAGAGCCUGAGCCACAUCUCCAUCUGGCUUCUGCUGGUGCUGGGCACCUCCGUUUUGGCCAUGCAGCUGAUGGAGUUUUUCUACGGUGUCACCAUGGCCGCACGCAUCGCCUACUCCUCCUACAUCUUCUCCCUCGUCGCCCCGUCCCGCUACCAGCGCAUGGCCAGCUACUCCCGCUCCUCUGUCCUCCUGGGCGUCUUCACCAGCUCGGUGAUGGGGCAGCUCUGCAUCACGCUCGGCAGCAUUUCCUUCCUCACCCUCAACUACGUCUCGUUGGGCUUCGUCACCUUCGGCCUGCUCCUCACCCUCUUCCUGGAGCGGCCCAAGCGCAGCCUCUUCUUCAACAGGGCCGAGGCGGCCUGCAAUGGUGCUGCACCCACUGAGCUGGAUAAGAUGGCCAGUGGGGACAAGAUGGACAGUGGGGACAAGGCAGACGGCAGGAAGGGAAAGAUGGGGGGCUGGCGCCAAGCCGCGCUGUGCCGCAUGCUGCGGGAGGUGUGCACGUUGGCCAAGCAGUCCCGGCUCCAGCUCUGGUCCUUCUGGUGGAUCUUCAACUCAGCCGGCUACUACCUGGUGCUGUACUACGUGCAGAUCCUUUGGAACGACAUCUACCCGGCCAGGGAAAACCGGCGGGUGUACAACGGUGGGGUGGACGCCGCCUCCACGCUGCUGGGAGCCAUCGCCUCCUUCGCAGCCGGCUACUUGAAGAUCCGCUGGGCGCUGUGGUCGGCGCUGGUGAUUGGGGUGGUGACAGCCAUACAGGCGGGGCUGCUGCUACUCAUGAACACCACUGGAAACAUCUGGGUCUGCUACACAGCCUAUGUCCUCUUCCGUGGCUCCUACCAGUUUCUGGUUCCCAUCGCCAUCUUCCAGAUAGCUACCUCCUUAUCCAAAGAGCUCUGCGCCCUUGUCUUCGGGGUCAACACAUUCUUCGGCACCGUGCUGAAGACCAUCAUCACCAUCAUUGUGGCUGACAAGAGGGGCUUGGGCCUCUCUGUGCACCCCCAGUUCUAUGUCUACUUUGGCUACUUUUCACUGCUGGCACUGGUCUACCUGAUGAUGGCCGUGGUGAUGGUCGUCCGGCACAGCCGCCGUGCGCAGCCACCAGAGCUGAUCCCCACUGAGGGCCAAGUGCAGGAGAAGAGCCCAGAGGCAGCUACCGUGCAAGCCUGAGUGCCAGCACCCAGUGAGACAGGAUGGCAGGAUGGACUGGCUCCUUUGGCACGGCUCAGUCAACUUUGGCUCAACCAAUGAGUGUCACCGCCAGCAUAUGCUCCCACCUCCCAUCUUUCUGACAGUGCUGAGCUUUCUGCCCCAGCCACCCUGUGACCAGCAAGAUGCUGGCAGUACACGGCUAGCACCCAGCCCCCAGGGUCAUCUUCCACCCCCUGCUUGGGGCCCAAACAUACCCAGCAGAUGUAGGAUGCCCAUUGCAGCACCAAAGGGUACCACACAAGGGGUACCCCCGUUGUCCUGCAGAGCUGUGCGGAGCCAGGCUACAAGAGGAUAACGUUUCUUUAUUCAGUGCCUUUAGAAAAUGGUUUAUGGGACACAACAGACAAAAAAUAUAAAGAUCCACAGGCUUUAAAUUGCAUUAAUUACACAAAAUACAGUAGACUGUAAGAAAUAGAGGCCGUGUGACUCGCACAGCUUUUAUGGUAAUAAUUUCCAUAAAAUAAUAAAAAGCUAGUUACAGAUUUA